GCCAUGCAGCAGGUCCUGGACAACCUGAUGGGGCUCCCGGGGUCCCCGGGGGUGGCCGACCUUGACCUCAUCUUCCUGCGGGGCAUCAUGGAGAGCCCCAUCGUCCGCUCCCUGGCCAAGGCGCACGAGCGGCUGGAGGAGCGGAAGCUGGAGGCGGUUCGCGGGGACAACCUGGCGCUGGUACAGGAGAUCCUGCGGGACAUCGGGCGGCUGGCGCGGCCCGACGGGCAGGGGGCGGCGGCCGAGCUGGCCCGGAUCCUGCGGGAACCGCACUUCCAGGUGCGGGGGGCACGCGCGGGACACGUGUGGGACACUUCUGUGCUGGGGGGUGUGGGACAAGUGUGUGCUGGGGGUGUGACACAGGUGGGAUCCCCCUCCUGUGCUAGAUCCCCCUCCUGUCCUGUGUGACACGUGUGUGUGCUGGGGAGCGUGUGACA